AUGAUUAGAAGGAGUCCAAGAAUUAACCCUUCGGUUGCGGAAAGCAACAAUAAUGCACCGUUAGAGCAGACCGUUACCACACCUCGCUCGACACAUUCGAUUGAAAUAACCAAUACAAUUAACGGUACCAAUGGAACAACUUCAGGAUCAAAUAACCACACACCAUCGUUUGCUUCUGCAUCAUCUCAAGUACAGUCACAGGGUUUACCAAGAAAUACCACUAGCAGCAACAGUGUUAUGUCAUCUAAUGAUUCCUCAGCAAAUGCGUUCUCACAGGUCCAACAAAAUAUUGUAUUGACGGAUGUCCAAUUUCAACAAAUUUUAAGUGGUAUAUCAAUUAACCAAGAGAAGAAAACGACAUUUACUGGUUGCACUGCACGAUUCUCUGGUGGACGAAACUCAACAAAAGUCGAGGAUUUUAUUGCAACAAUCGAGGUCUAUAAAGAAGCCGAAAAUAUAUCUGAGUCUAGUGCUCUUAAUAGUUUCCCCUUAUUGCUAGAAGGUUACGCCUCGACAUGGUGGCAAGGAGUUCAGGACGAAGCACGUUCAUUUAAAGAUGCAAUAGAACUUCUUCGUAAUGCAUUUGCACCCGUAAAGCCAGAUUGGAGGAUAUUCAAUGAUAUUUGUCAAGAAAAGCAAAAGACAUUUGAAACAACAGAUGCUUUUGUAUGUAGAAAAAGGAGAUUAUUUGCUCAGUUAUCCGAGAAGCUGUCUGAAAAAACUAUGAUAGAUAUGUUAUUUGGUCAGUUAAAUUCUCAAAUAAGAGGUGCUAUAUCUCGUACAAGCGUUAAAACGUUCCAAGAACUUUUACAACAAGCUAGAGAAAUUGAAAUGAACAUUUCAGAAAAUAGGCAGGAGAACAAGGAUGAAAAAUCAAAACUACCACAAUCCAAUGAAAAGUCCUUCUUACGAUGCACGUACUGUAGAAAGAAAAAUCAUCUAGCAGAAAACUGUUUCAAAAAGAUUGAGGCUGAAAAGCAUAAAAAAGUUAAGGCCAACGAGUCAAAAUUAAAUUGCUAUGGAUGUGGUAUGGAAGGUUACUAUCGUUCCAAUUGCCCGAAUUGCAACAUGAAAAAUGAACAGGAAAAGCCAUUGGAUUUUAAUUCCCUACACACAACAAUGGUUGGAAGUGAUGUUCCUUUAGUGGAUAUUAAUGUUUAUGCCUUAAAAGGAGAAGCUUAUUUUGACACUGCUGCCAGGACAACCAAACCAUUGUCAGAUUUGACUAAAAAGAAUGCAGCAUGGCAUUGGGGUGAAAAACAACAAAAUGCCUUUGAUAUGUUGAAGAAAUUGUUAACCUCCCCACCAAUUUUGCAACAAGUUGAUGAAAAUAUGCCUUUUAUUUUAAAAACCGAUGCAAGCAAUUAUGCUUUAGGGGCUGUUUUGAUCCAGGGGGAGAAGGAGUUUGAAAGAACUAUUGAAUACGCCAGUCGUUUAUUGCUUCCUGCAGAGAAAAACUACUCAACGACCGAAAGAGAAGCUUUGGCUAUAGUUUGGGCCGUGGACAAGUUCAGAGGAUAUAUUGAAGGUUCCGAAGUGUUGGUUAAAACCGAUCAUCAACCAUUGAAGUGGCUGUUUAGCCUUAAAAGCCCCACUGGUCGUUUAGCAAGAUGGGCAUUGUUAUUACAAUCAUUCAAUAUUAAAAUAGAGUAUACGCCAGGUCGACAAAAUCAUGUUGCCGAUACACUUUCACGUCCUCCGUGUAGUCAUCAUACUACUAGUGACGUCAAAUUAUAUCAUCCGGAAGCUAAUCCCGUUGAGCGGAAAAAUAGAGACCUCAAAGUACAACUUUCCAUUUGUGUCGGUCAAGAUCAUACAUCCUGGGACUUGAACUUGUCAUCAAUACGUUUUGCAAUGAAUACUUCCAAAUGUUCGACAACUGGUUAUUCGGCAGCUUACCUUACUUUUGGCCGUGAAUUACGAAGUCCUUGCGAAGUGCAAAAUGAUUUAAGAGCGAUUGUCACUGCGGAGAAUUUUGUGCCACAGAUUACACCUCAUCUUCUACGAUUGGCAGAUGCACUUAAGAUAGCCAAGGAAUCUGAAGAAAGGAUGCAGGAUCGGAACAAAUUAUAUGCCGAUCUAAAAAGACUACCUCAAAAAGAAAUUAAGGUCGGAGACAAAGUUUUAAUAUCGACCCAUAUUAUUAGUAAUAAAGGAAGCAACCUUACUUCGAAAUUUGUGCCUAGACGAGAUGGACCAUACAUAGUUGUGGACAAACAAGGAGCAGCAUGUUAUACCAUUGCAACGAUGGACAAUAUACAUAAACCUUUGGGCAAAUAUCACGCCUCAGACCUAACUAUUUAUGAAGGAAAAGAAAUGAUUCCAUUAUAUUCGAAAACCCGACAACAGAGAUCCGAAUUCCCAACAACACAAAAUUUGAAAACAACAGAUAAUAUCAAUGUACCAAUAACCUCUACGUGCGACGAAGCAACAACAAGCAAACAGCACAACAAGAACAUAGAUGCAACAUCAGCAGAAAAUGCAACAACCGAUAUUGACUCUAUGAAGCAACAAUCUUCCCACAACAAAGCUGACUUAAGAAACCAGCAGCAUCAACAUCAGCCGCCGUCGCAUUCCCAGCAAUCGGAAGCGCAAGAGAAAUCGCGCGAUUACCAGCCCAGUAAUCCGCUCAUUCUGGCAGCCUCACACAGUAGCGACAAGAGCGACAACAACAACUCUGUUAGCGGCAGUGGCUACGACAAGAAAUCCUUCUCGUUGCAUUGCUGUUGCGUGAUAGUCGACAUAACGCCAGUUUCACAGGCCGGACGUUUGACUUCGGCAACAACGGCUUCGGGAAGGGAUGUAACCGCUGGCAGCGGUGGUGGUGGCGGUGGUAGUGUCUUAGGCGAUGGUGUCUCCCAGCUGGCCAGUAGCCUCUUUCGUUUUGGCAGCAGCAAAAAGCGACCGGUCUGUAUCUGCAAUGCCCAGUGCCGGCUGCAACCGUUCGGUGAGGCCACCCUGGGUCCAACCAUAAAAACCCAUCAUGGUUCACUGGAUCGUUUACUGCAGCAGCAGCAACAACAGGAUGAUGGAGUCCAGCAAAAGCUGUACUCCACGGCCCGUACCAUUGGCGGUGUGGUGGGGGAGGGUGGCAAGGAUGCCCUCUCCUUGGCCGCCGAUUCGGAUAAUGACAUGCUCGACACUGAGAAGUCGGAAAAACCCAGCAAAGAAUCCAAAUCCGCUGCUGCUGCUGCCGCCGCCCCACCACCUCGGCCACCUUCACGUGGCAAAUUCAAUGUCCAACAGGUCAAGGAGGAAUUCGACAAGGGUGUUGAAGUAGAAAAAUUCUAUCAUCAAAUCAACGGUGACAUCUUUGAAAUAACCCGAAGGGUAAGGGCCCGCAGCAAUGAGGAUACCAUAGAACAGAAGCUUAUUAAAUCCCGAGAUCCUCAAAAGCGUAUACCACCAGCUUUACCACCCAAAAAGGGUAGUGGAGAAGCCAGCCAUAUCCACACACACAGCCACAAGCAUGUCCAUCAUCGACAUGCCAACGUUUCCGCCGCAACAGCUGCCGCAGCUAAUGUCGUUUCCUCCGAAGAGCAGAAGCCCCAAUUACCACCAAGGCGUCAGAAAAGUGCCGAAGAGGUCCCCGUCUCCAAGGAGGCAACAAUAAAACCUUCACCCGAUGAUUUGGAAUGGUUUGAUCGCAAGGCCCAACAACGGCACUCCUCGCGGUCAGCGGAGAGUGGUACCGUGCGUGACGAGACCAUCGAAUGGCUGGAGCGACAACGAAUACCCGCACGCACCUCAUCCGGCCCGAGUGAAAUAACUGUGAUGAAAGACGAAAUACCCGAAUGGUUGCUGGAACAUCUGCCGCGCAAACGUUCAGGGGCUAUUGAACGCCAACAAACCCCCCAGCAGGCGGACAGUCGACCCAGUACAUCUUCCUAUGCCAAGGCUUUGAAAGAAGAGCUUGCGGAAUUGCUUAAGAAACCCUUGUCACGGCAAAGUUCCGGUCCUGGAGAAAUAUCUCUGCUGAAAUCGGAUUUGGUCGAAUGGCUAACCAAAUCUACGAAAGCCUUGACGUCUCGCGAUGAGUCUUCCGCUCCCGUUGCUGCUGCCGCCGCCGUUGCCACACCAAAACCUAGAAGAUCACAUCACCGACGCAAUGGCAGUGGUGACACCCCUCGAUCUCAUUCCCACGAGGAUGAUGUUAGCAGCCAACAUGCCAGUCGUAAACGUCACUCGCUGGGCUACAGUGAACGCAGCGAGGAGAGUAUACCCGACUGGAUUGCCUACCCCCUUAGUCGACUGCAGUCCCUAGGUAAAACCCCUGUAGAUAGAAGAGCAUCACAUCAAAGUUUCAUAGAAUUGCCACAGAAAUCAUCAGUCCCGCCCACACAAACCAUCAGUCACACGCAGCAGCAGCAACAGCAACAAAUAUGUAGUGAUCGACGCUAUCAGGAACAACGAAUUAAAGAACGUCGCCUCCGCCACUCGGCUAGUGAAGUCGUCACCGUUUCCACACCCACGCCGGCCACCCCCAGCAAUGUAGAGCGGCUAUAUGCCAAGCCGCACAAAGAACGCUAUCAGUAUAUACCCAAGGAUGAGCUGAUACCACCCCAGCUGCCACCCAAAAUGAGCAAAUCGCGAGAAUCAAAACGUGAACGCUCCCGACGCCACCAAACUCAACGGUCGGCCACCAUAUCUGAUAUGUCGGCCUCCCACAAUGGCCUCCUAAAACGUAAAUCCUCGUCGGCGGAGCGGGCACCACGCUCGCCCUCACCCUGUACAGAUCCACUGUGCCCCCUGCUGCCCAUUUGCACCGAUCCGAAUUGCCGCUACUUGGAAUGCCAGCCGCUCGGCCAACGAAAACAACCAUCGACCACGUCUUCGACGCUAAAUCUUCUGCGCAAUCAACAGUUGACGAAAGCGCAAAUGCACACAGUACCUCCAUCCGAUGAUGGUGCUGCUACGGCUGGCGGCCCACCAACGCUGUCCACAGCACAGCCAUCGUCGUCCGCAUCACAAAAAGUGCCGCCCGCUCAAAGCCAGCCGAAGCGCAAAUUUGUCAUUUGCCAUGACUGUCGAUACUGUGCUCCCCUGAGUUGUCGCAACCGGAAGUGCUUGAAUGCUCCUAAAUGUAACUCACUGCCUCGCUGCGCCGCCGACUUCAAUCGGCUGCGCACAACCCUCACACAGCCACCUGCCUCACUGUACGAUACGGAUUUGGCGGCGACUGCGGCCACGAUGCAAAUCGCCCAGUUGGACGAGCAGAUGACAACGGCGAUGGCCGCCACCAGCUGCAUCGGCGCUGUCCAGCCGUCGUCGGCAAUUGCCUUAGCCGGGCCACGCAGCAGCUCCCAGCCGAAUACCCUGCAACGCGGCGAGUCCUGUGCCUUGCUCUAUACCCAACCCGUUGUAGCCAAGAGAAAACACCAAAACGGCCAUGCCAUCAUCAGUGGCAGCAAUGGCAAACUAAUCAAAUCCGCCUCGGCCGUAUCGCUCGACGAGCGUCGGCGUCGCCACAAAACCGUACAUUUCGGCGAAAAUCUAUUACGCGAAGUCUGCCAAAAUCGUAAACUUAUCAAAUACGAACAGCAAAAACCGUCCGGUUCGCAACCCAGCCAGACUAAUGGUGAACUAUUGUAUAAUUUCGUCGAAGGUGUGCUGAGUGCAUGGCACGACGACGACGAUGAAGAUCAAUUGCGUUCGGGUGCCGAGUCGGAACCUGAACACGGUACGAUGGCGUUGAAGCCAUUGCACCGGUACGAUGUUGUUCGAUAUCAGGUGAUAAAACGUGUCGUUAACGAAGCGGCCGAAUUGCAUGGGACAUUGCAUUUGGGUAAUUCGCGAUUUCGUCAUCGGCAUUGGCGUAGUACGGCAAAACAAUGUAAUGAAUUGUUUUUGCGAAAGAUUUCCGACGAUGACCGCAUGAGUUUAACUACAGCCGUAUCGGAUGAAGAUGAUGGCGAAAGUGUCAUGGCGUCACCAUACAAAGCAAAAGCAACUGGAACGGCGGCAUCUUCAUUUAAUUGUACAGGAGCUGUACGCAAAGCUGGUUUCCUGUCGGUAAAGAAAUGGUUAUUGCGAAAGAAACAUCAAAUCGAAUUAGCCCGUAAACGUGGUUGGAAGGGUUAUUGGGUGUGUCUUAAGGGCACCACACUGCUCUUCUAUCCGUGUGACUCGCGUGAGGGUCGCAGCGUCGAGGCGGCUCCCAAACAUUUGAUUAUCGUCGAUGGUGCAAUAAUGCAGCCAAUACCCGAACAUCCCAAACGUGAUUAUAUCUUCUGUUUGAGCACAGCAUUUGGCGAUGCGUAUCUGUUUCAGGCUCCAUGCCAGGUUGAAUUGGAAAACUGGGUUAACAGCAUACACAGCGCCUGUGCAGCCGCCUUUGCCAGACAUCGUGGCAAAACGGGAACCCUACAUUUGCUGCAGGAGGAAAUAUUCCGCAUUGAAAAGGCAAUCGAAUCGGAUCACAAGCUGAAACAUAUGGCCGAAUUACAACAAUCCGUGGUUACCGAUCAGGACACCCGUCUCCAAAUCCAAGGUCAAAUCCUGCAAUGGGAAGAGAAUUUAGAACGUUUACACUGUGAACAAUUCCGUUUGCGUUGCUACAUGGCAUCGCUGCAGAGUGGCGAAUUGCCCAACCCUAAGUCCUUGCUCACCCAUGUCUCUCGGCCCACAAAGAAUACUCUCAAUAAAUUGGGCGUUUUUACGGUUUCCUCUUUCCAUGCCUUUAUUUGUGCCCGUUCACCAUCGCUGCUGAAUAAUUUGUUGGCGGGUCGUGGUGCCACCAAACGGCGACCACCAAUGCUGUCACGAUCGAAUAGCGGUUCCAGUCGUCGUUCAAUGCAGCUCAACUCUCGCGAUGAACCGGAAAAAACCUUCAAAGUUGCCAUGCCGGACAAUGCUUAUUCAACGGUUUAUCUACGCGAUGCCAUGUCGGUGGAGGAGUUUCUGGCCAGUGCCUGCGCCCGACGUAAUCUCAAUCCAAUGGAACACUUUGUGCGUGUUAAAAAGCGACGUGACAUGGAGGAUCACAAUUACUUUGUGCCACAUCGUAACGACCUGAUAGAGAAUUAUCUACAUAAUCACGAAUUUGUCGAAGUCUGCAUGAAGAUCCUUUACCAAGUCGAACUGCAUCGUACCACAUUGGAACAAAUGUGGGGCUUCUCUGUCGAGGCCGAACUUAUUGAAAACGCCGAACGUCAAGAUGAGCUGUGCUGUUAUGUUAGUCGUGUCGAAGAUAAAAGUGUUGCCAUGCAAAAUGGUAUUAUUAAGGGUGAUGAAAUUAUGGUUAUAAAUGGUGCUAUUGUAUCCGAUUUGGAUAUGAUGUAUUUGGAAAGUGUUCUGCAAGAGGAGCAAUCAUUAAGCAUGAUGAUGAGAUCCUCACGUACGGAACCACCAGAUCUAGGCAGUAUUAUGCGUGUUACCGAUGAUAUGAUUGAAUCAUUGGUGUGUCCACCACCACCCACAGAUCCGCCAGUGAUGAGUGAGGAAAUGAUAACGGGACUAAUUGUACCGGCACCAGGUUGGAAUGGCACUGGCAAAGAUUUAUAUUCACCAGAAGCUGAAAGCUCCCCAGCACCUUCAUUUGUGGAUCCACCGGUAACAGGUUUAGUACCGGGUGCCGGCACUAAGCCCACAUCGCGCACAAGUAGUUUUGAAAUAGAGAAUUUAUUGAAAACUGCGGAACAG